AUGUCUCUCCCCCUAGAACUAGUCCAAGAAAUCAUUCAUCUCCUACUCUUCUCCGCCCCACCGCGCUCUUCGACUCCAGAAAGACCCGGCUGUACAGCUAAACCCACAUGGGGCACGAUCAAUGUGCUCAGCCUCACUUCACAAAGUUAUCGCGCGGUGGUGCUCGAAGCGUGGUUUCGGACUCUUUUCAUCGAAUCGCCAGUGGAUCUACUCUUUUUACGAGACUCAGGUUGGUUUCCUAACCUGGGGAGUAAAUGGGCCAGACACCUCCACUGCGUCCGAUCAUUCCGCAACACCCACUAUGCCUGGAACCUCUCCUCCUUCCUCCGCGUUUCCUCCAUUAGACUGGACUGGCUCUCGCUUACCCUCACGUCGUCUUUCAUCCCCCCAGACGCUGGCUUGGACACACUACCUUUUUUACACCUCGCCUCCACGGUUGAACACUUUGACUUGCGCGGACAUACGUCGCCUAAGCCUGAGACGAUUCAAUGUAUUGCUAAUACCCCAGGCUUUGGGUGUUUGAAGACAUUGAAGAUGGUGCGAGACACGGUGUGGUGUGAGCUUUGCCAACUUUGCCGUCUUGUCCGGUUUGAAGACAGGCCGACGGGGGUGGUGUAUGAGGGGGGUUUGGGGCUGCCUAUCGACUACGCGCAUGUUCUAGCACCAUUUGAAUACCUGGAAGAGGUUGUGAUUAUUAUACCCAGCCAUGGCUUUGGAAAUACUACAUGGGGCUCAAAUGCAGACUCAGAUUCAGGCCCAAAUGCGGACACCAACCCGCAGACGACGACCACCUCCAACCCAAAAGUGAAUCCAAACUUAUGGUCGGGUGAAUGUGAUACCUGUAUGGUGAUGAUGUAUUGCGACGAUGUGUUCCUGGAUGAGGGGGAGGAGGAGGAGGAGGAGGAUGAGCGAUUUGAGGAUUACGAGGACGUGGCUACUGAUAUGGCGAGUCAGUUGAACUCGUCUCUGGAGGGCAUCGAGGAUGACCCAAUCACUUGCCGCGUCGAUAGAUGCAACUUGUCUCUGGGUCUUGAGGACUACCAUUCAAGCAACCUAGUUAACUUCCUACCCUCCUUCAAACGGCACAAGGACGCAGAAUCUUUAGCACAGUAA